AUGGCCCCAGCUACGACACUACACCGCGCCACACGCGGCUUGCAAAGCCUCAACCCCCCGCCAGUAUCAGACAACACCGUCCGAGUUCGCAUGGUCGACACCGAGUCGUCGCUAUCCCUGCACGCGUACUCCUUUGUCGACCCGGUGAUGCCGGGCCACGAGAUCAUGAGCAUGCCCACGAUGGCAUUCCUCAUCGAAAACGAGCGGCUCGGCAAGAAGGCCAUGUUCGAUCUCGGUAUGCGCAAGGACUACUGGAACCUGCCGCCCGCCACGCGGCAGGCGAUUCAGCGGGCUGUUCCGGGCUUGAGGAGCGACCGAGACACGACGGAUAUUCUAAAUGAUGGCGGGAUAAGACUGGAUGAGAUCAACGACAUCAUCUGGUCGCAUAGCCACUGCGACCACACUGGCUCGACCCAUCUCUUCCCACACUCCACAAACCUUUGUUAUGGUAGAGACACGGUUGGGUUUCCUCCAUACCCCGAGUCGCCAACCUCGAACCUCAACGCAGAUGCCUUUGAAGGUCGGAAGUGUCGCGCCAUAGACUGCAAUCAGCUAAAGAUCGGGCCGUUUGAUGCGCACGACUUCUACGGCGAUGACUCACUGUACCUGCUCGACACACACCCGGGCACUGGCCUGGAGAUCCCUCUCCCAGACAGUAUCCCUGAAACGGCCCUGUGUCGAGGAGGUGGCCGCAGACCAAGAGAUGACUACCCGUCACCUUGUCCGUGUGCCAUUUUCACCAACCAUCACCCUCAAAUUACACGAGCGGCGGAAGGCGACCCAACGGUCGACCCGCGGACGACGCCGUUCUACAAGCUCUCUACGCAUGAGAAGUCUGCGUACGAAGAGCCGGGUGUCGCGACUGCCACGAUGAAGGGCAUGCAGGACUACUUUGACUCGGAUGACCACGUGCUGGUGCUCUUGACCCACGAUGCGAUUCUGCCUGAAGUCUUGCCUACGAUUAACGAGCGCCCAGCAGAGGAUCUCAAUGACUGGAAGGCCAGGGGAUGGAAAGAACGUUGCCACUGGGGCUGGCUAGGUGAGCUGCCGCGCUACAACGACGACGGCUCUGUGCGUGGUCCUGGUCCGCGGGCGACCCCCAUCGUGGAAGGCCUGUGCAAAGAUGGGGAAAGGAUAGAGUCGCUCGUUUGA